AGCUAUCCGAGUUGGAGCAGAGGGUUUUGGAGGCGGAGGGCAGAGCUGAAGAGGCGGAGGAUAAGGUGCGUAUAAUGGAACAGAAGCUCGCCUGGACGGCUCGCAGUGACGCCGAUUCCGGUGCACACAUCGACCGCUUGGAGACCGAGGUCGAGCAGCAGCGUCAGCUGCGGCUGCACGACGCGAAGCAGGUCGAGGCCAAGGCGGCCAGGAUCAAGGAGUGGGUGACCAACAAGCUGAAGGAGCUCGAGAUCCAGAACCAGACGCUGCGCGAGCAGAACAUCAAGUGCAACAGGCAGCUGGAGCUGCUGAGGAACCAUCUGGCGCUGUCGUCGGACAGACGAAGGUCGGAAGCGGGAUCUCCGGAGGGGAGGCAGUUCCCUCCAACGGCGAGCGCCGGCGCGCGCAGCCAGAAACACCGCCGCCACCAGUCCGUCUGCCUCUCAGCCGCCUCCGCCUUCGAGCCGCCCAUCCCCAGCACGCUGGUGGCCAGCGUUGACUUCGCCGCCGCCAUCAGCACCACCGCCAGCCUGAUGGACCCGCUGACGGACGAGCUGCGCGCGGCAGUCGACAAUCUCAGCGUCGGGGGCGGCAGAGUGCCCAGCAGCAGCGCGAGCGACCCCGAUUUGGCCCAUGAUUACGCGGAGAUUUACACGCCCAGUAGGGAGAAAAUGGGGGCGUGGCCGAGAGCGCCCACGCCGCCGCUGCAUCGGUUUCCGAGCUGGGAGGAGAAGAUCUAUCAGGUCGCAGCAGACGGUCUCACCUUGACUGGUACUACGCCUAGCGACUUGGGACCGGACCAUGCCGGGUACCAAGACAUACCAGUACCAGUCUACGCGACCGUCAAAGGGCGUGCCAGCCAAAUCAGAUCGAUGCCCUUCACGGGAGAUUCCUCUGAUGACUCGAGCGAUGGCGAAGGGAACAACACAACAGCUGUGGAUGGUACUAAUACACAUAGCAGGAGCUCAGGCGAAACUUCUGGUUCUAGUCCUGGAAAAAGAACUGCUUCCAGCAGUAGUGGUUCGCCUAGCAAAAGUAAAACGAGAGGUGUUUCAGACACGUCGUUCGAAUCUGGCAUGUCUGACGAUUAUGCUGUGCCGCCGGAUGCAGUGAGUUGCGAUACUACUAGCUUAGAGUCAUCGAUGUUGCUGAGGGCUUCCUCUUAUCUAGAUAGUCCCAAGAGGAUUGAAAGUUUAGAAAAAAGUGGAUCAUUAGCGAAAUUAGGUGGUAAAUUGAAAACGUGGAGGAAAAAAUGGUUCGUACUGAAGAAUGGUGUCUUAACUUAUUAUAAAAGUCAAAAUGAUAUCAACAGAAAGCCCCAAGGUCAAAUAGUUCUAGAUGAAAUUUGUAAAAUUACCAGAGCCGAAGGCUCAAACACGUUCGAAAUAGAUACAGGGAAAAAGACUUAUUAUCUGACUGCUGAUUCAAUAACGGCAAUGGAAGACUGGGUUAGAAUAUUGCAAAACGUGCAACGAAGAAAUGCAACUAAAUUACUGUUAAGUAGGGAUGAAAAUAAACCAAUUUUGCAAGGGAUUUUAAAGAAAGUGAAGAACGGAAUUCCCAGAGAAUGUUGGUGUGUACUCAUAGGAAAGAUGUUCUUGUAUUAUAAAAAGUCAACGGAUUCCACCCCGCAUGGCCAAAUUAAUAUGAGGGAUGCCAAAGUAGAAGAAAUCGAACAUCUCUCAGAUUCUGAUUCAGAAGAACAGGAUUCUGAACAGCCUAAAUAUACCGUAGGAAUAUUCCAUAGCAAUCAAGCUCCCACAUAUCUACAUUUUACUGGAAAACAGGAGAAAGAUUCUUGGUUGUACCAUUUGACUGUGGCCAGUGGCGGAGGGCCGAGUUCGGGCACCCAAUACGAACAACUGAUCCACAAGAUAAUGGAGGUCGACGGAGAUCCGAACUGUGUCUUAUGGAGACAUCCUGUCUUAUUGCAUGUGCCUUGUACCAAAGAUGGCGCUGUACCAUCCUAUUUUCCGCUCACUAGUUUGCCUACCGAAAAUCUACAGGCCGAGGCCAUCAAGCUGUUCAAGUGCCUGCAGCUGUUCAUGUCGGCGGCCGUCGACCAGGCCGGCAUCGACUAUCACGUGGUGCUGGCCCAGAACGCUUUGCAGCAGUGCCUCGACGUGGCCGAGCUGCAGACCGAGCUGAUCUGCGCGCUGAUCAAGCAGACCAGCAAGAGCGCCCCGCCGCCCAAGCUCGGAGUCCAGGUAUCCACACAAAAAUUGCUAAAGAAGGGCGCCGCCCACGAAGAGGCCAAACACAAGGACCACAAGGGCCCCCCGACCUACGCCCUGCUGCAGGGCUGGCAGCUGCUCGCCCUCGCUGUCAGCUUGUUCGUGCCGAAGAACUCGAUGCUGUUGUGGUUCUUGAAGGUGCACCUGCAGAGGCACGCCGAGAACAGGACGGAGUGCGGCAAGUAUGCGGCGUAUUGCGAGAGGGCGUUGGAGAGGACCAUUUUGGCAGGAGGUCGCGAGCUGAAACCGUCCCGCAUGGAGGUGUUGAGCAUCCUGCUGAAGAACCCGCAACACCACUCGCUGCCCCACUCGAUGCCCGUCCAUCUGGCCAACGGCGCCUACCACAUCACCAGCUUCGACGGCUCCACCUCGAUCAGGGAGUUCCAGGACACGAUGGCGCAGGAGAUCGGCUGCCGGACGACCAACGGCUUCGCCAUCUUCAGCGACGACCCCAUCGAGAAGGAUCUGGAGCACACGCUGGACCCGGCUGCGAAGCUGUGCGACCUGAUAUCCAAGUGGGAGAUCGCAUUGCGCGAGAAGGGACUAGGCAAGUUCGAGAACAGCAAAGUGAUCCGCCUGACGUACAAGAGCCGCCUGUGGUGGAAGAACUGCGCCAAGCUGGAAACGGAAAAGGAGCGCCUCCUGCUCUGCUACCAGGUGAACAGGCAGAUAGCGGGCGGCAGGUUCCCGGUGACGCGCGAGGCCGCCUUGGAGUUCGCCUCGCUGAUGGCGCAGCUCGACAUGGGCGAGUGCUCGCUGGCCAAUAAGAGCGCUAGUAAUACGUUGAGCCACCAGGGCACGUCGAAUUUGCACCGCAGUCCCAAGUCGACGGCCAAUGGGACGCUCAGUCCUCCCGGUGCUAACGGUUCCGGCAAAGGCGCGGAUAGUUUUCCGAGCUCCAACACGCUGAGCGCCUUGAACAACGUGCACGGCAUCCUCACCGCCCACUCCAACCAGGCCCUCAACGCCAUCGACAAGUUCUACCCGUACCGCUACCGCGACCAGCUCACCCCCGAAGGCCUGGCCGAAUUGCAGGCCAAGCUGAUGGCGAAAUGGCGGGCGCUGAAGGGCAAGACGCAGACCGACUGCGUCAGGGCGUACUUGAAUUCGACGAGGAAGUGGCCCUACUUCGGAGCCUCCUUGUUCCAGGCCAAGCUGCGGCAGCAAGACUCCCCGAUGAUCUGGCUGGCCGUCAACGAGGACGCCAUCACCGUCCUCGACCUAGCCACCAUGCAACCGCGCUCGCGCCACCCCUACACGGACGUCCUCACCUUCGGCGGCUGCCAAGAAGACUUCAUGCUCGUCGUCGUCACCCAGCACCAACAACAGCCGCCCUCCUCCCAGAAGCUGAUCUUCUCGCUCAGCAAACCGAAGAUCUUGGAGCUCACUCUCCUCAUCGCCGACUACAUGAAUUUGCUGAUCAACAAUCCGGGCACGCCGUUGCUUGGUACGUUGAGCAGGGGUACCAUGGUGUCGGUGAACCAGUCGAACCACCAUUCGCAGCCGGACAUUUUGAAGUCGACGCCUGAUCACGGGGGGGUUGUUGGAGGGGUGCAUCGGUCGGAUUCCAAGAGAAGGACCCACGUCGAUUCGGGGUUGGCGUGAUAGAGGGCGAGGGGCUGAAAGAAAGUCGUUGAUUAAGAGAAGGAUUGGUCAGUUGAUGUUGAUGAAGUCGACACUCAACAUACCAACAGCAGCUGCCCUUCUCUCA